AUGAGCGUUGUGAUUGCCGAUAACAACAUCGAAAAUUUGAAAGGGGCGAAGGAGAUGCUUACGAAAGGUGGAAGUAGGAAGAUUGAGACCGUCGAAAUGGAUGUUGGGAAGGUGGAGGAUUUUGAGGGGUUAAAGGCAAAAAUAACAGAAGAAUUUGGAGGGAAAAUCUCACUUCUUGUUCUGAAUGCUGGCAUAGGCGUUAAGAGCGACUGGAGCGAUUCGGCCUACUUCCACAAAAUAAUGGACGUGAAUUUGUUCGGCGUAAUCCACGGCCUCAAUACCCUUCUCCCCCUCGUCACCGCUCAUGGAUCCUCCCCAUCAAGCAUAAUAAUAACUGGCUCCAAGCAAGGAAUCACGAACCCCCCAGGUAAUCCUGCCUACAACGCCUCCAAAGCCGCCGUCAAAACGCUAGCCGAACACCUCUCUUACGACCUGGCAAAAUCUUCACCAUCAACCUCAGUGCAUUUGCUCGUACCGGGAUGA